UAGUGGUCGGGCAGCUCUUCUUCCUUCCUCUGCCUCUCUUCAGAUCUUACUGCAGUGAGCAUCGAGAAAGAAGACAGACACUCAAACUGACUCGCGGACAGGUGAGCGCUGAAGAAACAUGACAAACCUUGAAAGAAUCGGAGAUCCCCCAUCCUUUAAUCUGUCCUCAGCAUCUGACCAGAUGAACACCAACAGCUCAUCUCUCUGCAAUCAAGUCGACAACUCUGCACACAUUUUCUACAUGCUGGUCUACAGUCUGGUGUUUCUGGUGGGUUUAGUCCUCAACGGAUUCACCCUGAAGGUUUACUUCUUCAGCGCUCACCAGCAGGCGUCUAGCAACGUGACCAUCUACCUGAAGAACCUGGCAGCUGCAGACUUCCUGAUGACCCUCAGCCUCCCCGUCAGAAUCGGCCAUUUUGCCAGCCGCUCUAUCACCGUGUUCAGGGUCUACUGCAACUUUGGCUCCACUGCCUUCUACUUGAACAUGUACGCCAGCAUCCUGUUCAUGGGUUACAUCGCAGCAAACAGGUAUCUAAAGAUCGUCCAUCCUUUAGGGAAUCACAUCCUUCAGACAGUGGGAGCCGCCCACAUCAUCUCAACGGUAACCUGGGUUUUCCUCCUGGCCUUAAUGACCACCUACAUCACCCUGUCGCUCCUCACUGAAACACUGCCAUCUUUCCCAAAUACAUUAGACUGUGACGUUCUGCACAGUAAAACGCUCAGCCUCUUCUACAAAGGCAUCCAAACCUGGUCUGUGGCCAUCUUCAUCAUCGUGUUCGUCUCCCUCAUCUUCUUCUACCACGGCACCUCCCGCAGGCUGUCAGCAGCACAGCAGAGGCAGCAGGCGUCCUCCGGCUCCAAGAAGCUCGCCAAGUCCCGCAGGAACAUGUUGGUGCUGGUCAGCGUCUUCUGCGUCUGCUUCGUCCCGUACCACCUGGUCCGCCUGCCGUACGCUUUCCUGAGGAGGCAGUGCUCAUGGGGGCAGGCCUUCUUCUACCUGAAGGAGCUGAGCGUCAUGGUGUCUAUCUUCAACGUCUGCUUGGAUCCGCUCAUCUAUUUCAUCUUCUGUAAAUCCUACAGGGCCCAGCUGAGGAGAAGUGUUCGGGGACGUACACAGAGGGCUGGCUAAAAGGAGGAGCAACAAAAGUUGGAUGCUCUUUAACCAGCAAAAAUAUGACAGAGAGGUUGUUGUCUUGUUGAACACACAUUGUGUUAACUGACAUCAGUAAAUUUAACAUUUUCUUUCAGUAUAGGUUUUAAUGUGUUCAGACCAUGUUACAGGAUGGUAUUUUUGUCUGCAGGUGUGCUGCUCGUUGAAGCGUGAAGCGAUUACUUACAGGUUAUGCACUGAGGACUCAGACACUUGGACACACGUUCAACCCAGCUCCACCUCAGCCAGAUUCUUGAGUGCCUACUGCUUUUAUGAUCUUGUGACUUGGAGCUAUUUGUUUUGCACCAAUUGUUUUUCACUAAAACACCAAAUCAAAUUCCUUGUAUGUUAUUGUACUUGGCAAUAAAUUCUGAUUCUGAUUGCA